AUGGCGGGUCAUUCCCUUCUUGAUCGGUUACAUCCCCUCAUCGUUCAGAAUAAGGGAGCACGUCACGAGGCCGAGAUUUUCGAUGCAUUGAUCGAGCACCCUCGUGCCGUCCGUUCGUUCGAAUUUGCCCCGGUUGAUGGCGCUAUUGACUGCGGCACACAAAACUCGCCUCUGGGCGGCACAUACAGUGAGCGAUUCUGGGAGCUGGAUCAAUUGUACAACGAGCUUCACAACGAGCUUGACACCGCUAGUGGAGACGAAUGCAUGGCACUCACACUCUUUGACGCAAAAGGCAAAGAAUCUGGCAGCGCUCAAAAUCAGAUCUACGUUACUGCUCUUAAGCAACGGAAUCUGGUCCAGUUCUACAUCUGCAUGUGCGCAGCGAACCCCGGAUUUGUCGAACUCUACCCAAACUACUAUGCUGGAAGUCUGACUGCUGGGGACGAUCCAGGCCGUUAUGUCGCAGUCAACCUGUCACGCAAGUCUAUCGUUGGUCCCGAGUCCUAUCGAUUCCUCAGUCCCUGCAAUGCUCCCUAUCGCAUGCCCAUAGCCCUUCUCACCGAGGCCAUUUCCCGCAUUCGGGCAUGUGUUAUGGACCCGGAAAGUGUUUACGCAAACCCGUAUACGAACACUCGUUUUCCGCAGUGGCGACCAAGUACUGUUACUACCAACAAGUACUUGAUGCCCGAAGAGAGUACCCAGCACGCAACAGGAUUCAUCGGCCUCGUCGAUAUUUGGAGGGGCAUACGCGUAGCUAAGACUACUAGCCACAUCGACAUGGACUUUGACUUUGUCAACCUGCAACCAAGACUAGCAGACUUUAAAUUGCUUCUCCCAUCCUGCCCUCCUACGCCAACUCGCAGGCAGGUCUUUGUACAGUACAAGAUCGACGCAGUGCAAAGAGCACGCCACAACACGAAAAUUGCGAUAGGUCGGACUGGAAACAUCGGUACACAUUGGUACUUUACCGAUACCGAACGGUUUGACUUCCUGUGGUACGAGUUCCGCUACACUGAGUCGAGCACCAAAGUUCUGAGCAAGGAAUUCUACUUCAUUCCUGAAUGUGAGCUUUCUGAUACGCUGUAUACCUCGCUGGAAUUACACGUUACUCUCGAUAAAGACAGGUUUCGCCACUUUCACUCGAGCAUGGACGUGCAGGGCGACUGGGUAAGCUUCGUCCAGCAAAUAGUGCAGCGAUACCCAAGCCCACGCAGGUCUCAGAGGCCAUCGCGACCCCAAGUUCUAGAAGACUACAGCCAAACCCCCACACCAGAUCGGAAGGUCAAUAGCGUACGACCGCGUGACAGCAAAUGGUUUUCUCGUAAAUUCUUCCAUGGUGUCAUGACGCAAUGUGCGUUACGGAGAAAGGGUCUCCUGGUAGUGUUGUCCCCACAGUUUCCCAUGCCCAACUUCGCUUUCUGUCGCUACCAAUGGACGCAAGACGAUGCGGAGACAUACCUCAGAACCAAGAUACCGCCCCUGUCACUCAGCGACCUUGGCCCGUCUACGCCCGUUGUACUUACCUACGCCAUUACAAAAUAUAAAGCUGGGUCAUCUCGUGGCCCUAUCCUCACUCCGUUCGAGUUUAAACGGCUAGAUGCGUGGACUGAAUGUCAAGUCUUGUUCUUCGACAUGUUCGGAAGAGAUGGCAAGGACAUUCUUGGCCCACUUAUAGCGAUACCUUCCGACGACGUCAGCAUAUCAGAGGAACAUCGUCAGAAGUACAAGGUUGACCUCGGAAAGAGUACGAGAACGGAUUACUUGAGCCGGAGUCCUUUGCUUGCGCAGCAACUUCACACUCGGUACACUUUAGCAGACUACACCCUCUCCACUCUUGGUCCGAUGAUCUUUGAAGAGACAGCGCCUCAAUCUCAAUGGUCUGAUGUGUGGGAGCUUCUGGAUGCAUGUUCAGGUGUCGCGAGCUUUGCAUUUCCCCCUGGUGCGAUACGAGAGCCACACAAGUUUCGUGUGACUAUCCAAGACCUACAUCAGCGCCUGGCCGACUACCACGCUAGCGUAGAAGGCCGGCAACUUUUGGCGGCACACCCGAUCGAUGGCUCGCAAGUUGGAGACGAGGAGGAUGAGGUGUAA